CCAUGCGCAGUCGCGCAGUGUUUGCCGUGAGUUGAGUGUGGAUGGAAACUGGAUUGUGGGAAAAUUUUAGCAGUAAAGGGUUCAUUGUAAAGAAUGGAUUUACUUGGCUCAAUACUAAAUUCUAUGGACAAACCACCAUCCUUUAGCAACAAACAAAGGAGUUUGAUGAAAAAACACAAAGAAGAGAUUCUGAAAAAACAGAGAGAAGAAAAAGAGAAGCUCAAAGCCUUUAGGGAGACAAUUGAAGAAAAUAUUAACAAGUUCCUACAAGAUGAAUCACUACAGAAACACAAGUUUGAACCUAUGGAGCAGGUCUACAGAAGUAUUGUACGUGAUGUGGCAGAAGUAGCUGGAGUUCCAGCAUUUUCAAUAGGUGAGGAAGGAAUAGACAGGCAUGUGAUGAUUUUUAAGCCAGAGUUUGCCCCAAGUGAUGAUGAAUUAGCAGCACUGAGACGUGGAGAGGAGUGGGAUCCUGAAAAAGCAAAGCUACUGGCUCAGAAGCAAGAACUAGAAAGGAAAGAAGAGGAAGAGAGGGCACUGAAAACACCGAAAGACUUCGUUCCCAGUUCCAACUACAGAGCAAAAUAUGAACAUCUGAUUGGUCGAGAGGCAGCAAAGGAAGCAGCUAGAAAAACUCAAACUAAUAAACAGUAUGGCUUUGUACCAAGUGAAAAUAAGAAAGAUGUCCGGUCGAUUGAACAGACAUUAGCUGAUAUCCAGUCAAAGAAGCGUCAGAAAGUGAGCCAUACUCCAACACCAGAUCUCGCUGAAUGAACACAUCCAUCAGUACCAGUAACUUGUGUUGGGAUUAUUUCAUAGAUAGCAUAUAUCUUUAGAUGUUUGUUCUACCAGAUAUUCAUUGGUACUGUCUUGCAUUUGUAUUCUGUCUAUUCAGACAUUAUUGCAAGGAAAAACGCUUGCUAAAAAUGUUUUCAACACACAGCAUUCAAGGGAUUCCUGGCAUAGGAGCCAUACAGCAUUGCAACUUGAGAUUUCAGACACAUCACAAUGAAAAUUUGUGUUUUAAAAGACUAAUGACCUGUUCAUAUUGUAGUCUUCUGUAUUAUGACACCUCCUGUACAAUACCAUAUGGAUCUUCACUGCUGUAAAACCUUAAGGUCAUACUUAUAAACUAGCUGAAGGAGCUAAGAGUUCAAAUAGCUGAAUGAACAAGUGGAAAACAAACUUUCAUUUGGUAUUUUCCAUAGUCACAUUUAAAUUUGUAAAUGUGUAAUUUCAACAACAUAUUACUAGUAAACAAUAUCUCUAAUUUGACUCAUUCUGAGAGAGCAGCAGUAAUCAAAUGGAGGUCACAAACUGUUUAGCAAAAUAUUGUAUUCUGUUCUGAGAAACUGUAUAUAAAUAAAGUCAUUAUUAGAUGA